AUGGUUCAGUGUUGGCAGAAUCAGUCUUUUUCUUCUUCCUUCUCUAUACACCAAACUACUCAACGUUCGAGAAGUCCUCUCCCUUAUCUCUUUGCUCCCUUUUGCUCAGUCAGGUGGCCAGUCAAAUUCAAGUCAAAGUCGGGUCAGGUUGGAUUGGGCUCGGUAUUCUUAUGUAGCAUUGCCAGUAAAAAAAAUAUACAGAAAAAAAUCCCCCCAAAAAACAUUCAUCACCGGCCUCUCCUCAUUCCUUUCGUGUUGUGUGCUGCAUGUUUUUUCUAUGACUCAUUCAUUCGUCGACAUCUUUUAUUUUCUUCUUCUGCAAAGAGUGAUCUUCGUUUGGGAGAGUGGGCGAGAGGAGUAGAUAGCAAGGAAAUAUUUACUUUUCUAGCACUUUGGCUUCUGUUUCCCAAGGCAACGCCGGGCUUCUCCAUACUUGAAACUAAGAGAGUAAACGAUGUCGAUCGCUUGUUGUACCACCUGUGUACCUGUGUACAUAUGUGUAUAACAACAUUACAGGGGAAGCCCUACCUGAAGAUAUAG